AAACAAUACAAUACGAACCCCAGAAACACAAACGUCUCAUGGUCUCAUGUACACACACGCGUAGAUGUAUAUGGGCUGAUCGUGGAAAUAUUUUGUAUUUUUGCGUCCGUAUCUUGAAUAACCUUUAAUCUGAUUCAGAACGCAGUUUAAAAAAUCGAAUGUAUCGACUUAUUUAAUAGUUGCUGAUUGUGUAACUGCACGCUUUUUGUAAACAAGCAGUUGUUACUUAUAAUAGAUUGUUAGGCAGCAAUGUUUCAUUUAUUUUGUCAAAAAUCUAUCUAUAGCAGCUAUUAAAUGCAAAGUUGUGGUCCAAAAGGAAACAUUUCUGAAACGAAACCCAAUGCAUGGGACAUGGAGGAGGUCUUUUAACGCUGAACAUACUUGCCUUGAAUCAAGAGCACUUCCUAUAAUUCAUCAUGUCAAGUACAUCUGUGACCUCCCUGAAAACCACAGGUUUCCCAUGGGAAAGUUCCCCAAAGUCCUGGAGAGUCUGCUCAGAGAUCAGGUCAUAACAGAUAAACAGGUGUGGGCCCCUAAGAUUGCCUCCACUGAGCUUCUGAGACGUGUGCAUACUGAGGAGUACCUGUCCAACUUUAUCAGUGGUGAAAUUAGUGAGAAAGAUCAGAGACGAACCGGAUUCCAGUGGAGUUCUGGUUUAGUACAACGCUGUAGAUAUGAAACAGGCGGCACCGUGCUGGCAGGAGAGAUCGCCGUACAGAGGGGACUGGCAUGCAGUACAGCCGGAGGAACCCAUCAUGCCUUCCCCAGCUACGGCUCAGGCUUCUGUCUGCUCAAUGACCUGGCUGUGGCCGCCAAACACCUGAUGGGUGAGUCCACAUCCAGGAGGAGGAUUCUCAUUGUGGAUCUGGAUGUACAUCAGGGUGAUGGCACAGCAUUCAUAUUUAAGGAUGAACCCGAUGUUUUCACCUUCUCAGUGCAUUGUGGGAAAAACUUUCCUGUGCGAAAGCAGCAGAGUGACCUAGAUGUCAGUUUGGAAGACGGCAUUGAAGACAAAGAGUAUCUUUCCAAAGUCCAGGAACACCUCCCUUGGUUACUGGAGAGAAUCCGGCCGGAUCUGGUGCUGUAUGAUUCUGGAGUGGAUCCACACUGGGAGGAUGAACUUGGAAGACUUCGUCUCACAGAUGAAGGACUUUACCGGAGGGAUCUUUAUGUACUUCAGACAGUCAUUAAAAAGGGCAUUCCUGUGGCUACUGUCAUUGGAGGAGGCUAUUCCAGAGAUAUUGAUCGACUGGGGCACAGGCACUCAAUAAUUCACAGAGCUGCAUCAAAGGUUUGGAGAGAACAUGGACUUUAACUCAAGGAUGAAAAUGGACAGCAGGUGCUAAACAAUCUAAGAUUGUUGGGUGCUGAAAAGGACCAUAUGAACGUUUGGCAGUGCCAUAAUCACUGUGUCAUAGCAAUUGUAUGCAAUAGAUUUUAUGAAUUAAAAUGCCAUAUUUAUUCAAGCAAUCCUUUCAAUUCUU